AGAGCAUAUCAGUUCACAAUUGAAUCUUGUGCUAUACACAUCGAUAACAACAACAGCAACAACACCAAAAGUUACUUGCCAUCAUGUUUGACGAGGAGCCAAUUUCAAGUUUUGUAUUCACCAAUGAGUCAACCACUCAAACCUUUCAUCAUCAAUGGUAUGCCCAAGGUCAAUUGCAUGAGUGCGCCACCUGCUUUAGUUGCAUAGAUGCCGAUGAGCCACCCAGUCAGCAUUGGUUACACGAUGGUCAGGAGUCGAACAAGCUGCUCCAGCUAAGCAAACAGCAACAAGCUGUCCUGGACAUCAUUGAGGCACGCCAGAUCGAGACAUUCUUCUUUUGCGAUGAGAGUGCCAAGGAUAAACUGGAACACUUUAUGGGGGAGACUUGUGCCCGUGGAGUGCCAGAGCUAUUGCGCUGGAUGUUCCAUCAGGGGAACACAUUGAGUGUGGAAUUCAAUUUGGCCUGCUACGUGAAUGUGGAGAAUCAGGUGCUAAUUUUCCAGAGUGGCAAUCUUCAGGUGGAUCAUCACUAUGACAUUGAGGAGUGUGUCAGUGUGGUCUACGAUAUGCUAUUGCAAAGGAUUCACAACUAUUUGGACAUGGGCCUGGAGGAAUGCAGCAUAACCCGUUUGAAAGUGCAAGUGAAGCGUAAUUGUAUCGAGGAUAAUGGUGACUCUACGAUUGAUUCGCAAUACUCCUUGCCAUUGCAACUGAGGCAAGAGGUGACAGGGGCGUCAUCAUUGUCAUCAUCAUCAUCUUCGUCAUCGUCAGUAAGCAGCGAAUCAGAUUUGGCCACCAUACGAGCUGCCUAUUUAAAGCACUCACGUGAAUGUCAUGGAUAUUUUCCACCCAAUAUGCGGGUGAAUCUUUAUGGCCUGCAACAAUGCAGAACCACCAAAGAAAUCUAUGUGGUGCCCUAUCAUAUAAGCGAAACUCUUCAACAAUUGCCCAAUAAGAAUUUCCUUAUAGUGAAUAAUAUAUUGGGUCAAUUCCAACGUUUGCAUGAGCUGCCCACACGACUGGCCACAGAGGACACCUCUUCGUCGGUGCCAGCAUCUCCAUCCUCAACGUCCUCCUCACCUACUAGCUCCAAUUCUAGCCGUUCAUCCUCAUUGCAGUGCCGUCGUUGUCGCACUCAGUUCAGUCGUUCGAGUAAAUUGCAUAUACAUCAGCAAUUGCAUUGCGGUCAGGACUUCACAGUGGACAGCAUGCAUGCCGAUAUUGUUGAGAUCUAUGAGCAAUGUCUGCCCAUAUCCCGAACUGUCUUUCAAUAUGCCUGCUAUGGCAUAACCAAACCGAAAACUGUCAUGCGAAAGGGUCAAUUUGUGCCCAUCGAAUGCGAUUGGCGUAGUGAGAGUUCCGUAAAGGUUCAGCAUGGACCUUGUGUGGUCAUAAGCAAUGCUCAGCAUAGUAGUCCAUCUAAAUACUAUUAAAUAAGUUUCAAUAAAUCAAAUUUUUAAGCCUAAAA